AUCAGCCAGCUGCCAGGCGGACGCAAAGAAGAUUGGAGAGGCACGAGAAGCACGAGAAGCAGAGAUGCAAGCAGUAAUAGCCAGCUCCUGAGAAGCAGAAGUGGCAGUUUGCUGGCAUAUACGAUAUGCAUAUUCGUGCGGUAUGCCACAGCUGCAGCUAAUAGCCAACAUGCGCCGCCAGAGGCUCUUCCUAACCUCACAGCUGGGCCUUGCGUGCGUGCAGCGAGGUCCCUGUCAGAGAGUAAAACAGCCCAGAUCGAGCAGCGGCCUACAUCAUAUCACGGGAGGAGGCCGUAAGGCCAUCAGCAAACAUGGUAGUCGAGGCCAAUGACCAUGCGCUUCGUGGUUGUACACGCAGGACGCU